AUGCAGCUUCAAGGACUCCUCACAACCUUCUCCGGCCUCGUGGCCCUGAGCGGCCUCGCCACCGCCGUGCCCGUGGAGAAGAGAGCCGUGAUCGCGCAUGAUGCCGUAGCGGCAUUUGCAGAGACGGUGCCCUCGGGCACGAUUGGCCAGCUGUACCUCAAGUACAAGCCGCUUCUCAAGGUGUUCAACGGAUGCCGGCGGUCUCUCCCCUCUGGGUCUCCCGAGGGCGGCUGCUCCAGUAGCACCGGACAGGUCUAUGCCCGCAGCGCGACGUACGGGUCCUCUUUUGCCAUUAUGUACUCGUGGUACAUGCCCAAGGACUCGCCCUCUUCCGGUCUCGGCCACCGCCACGAGUGGGAGAACGUCGUGGUCUGGCUCUCGUCCGCGAGCACGUCGGCGACCGUGCUCGGCGUCGCCGCCUCUCAGCACGGAGAUCACGUCAAGAGCACCUCGCCCAACAUGUCGGGCACCCGCCCGACCAUUGGCUACAUUAGCUACUGGCCAGUCAACCACCAGAUGAUCUUUACCUCAACUGUGGGCGGAUCGCAGCCCCUCAUCGCCUGGGAGAGCCUCCCGGAGGCGGCCAGGACGGCGCUGACCAACACCAACUUUGGCGACGCGACGGUGCCUUUCAAGGACUCUACCUUUACCAACCAGCUCGCCAAGGCAGCGCUUUAA